AUGGCUGCAAACGCAUCCGUCGCGUUCGAUCUCCCUCCCCUACCAAGCUACACCUUAACCACUCGUGAACUUCUGCUUGCUCCUCUACCCGACAAUAUCCUCACAUUAAUUCUUCCAAUCAUCGCCUAUUGGGGAAUGUCCAUGAUCUAUCAUUUCUUGGACGUCAAUGAUUAUUUCAUCGAAUACCGGCUCCACACCCCCGCGGAAGUGUCGAAGCGAAACAAAGUCACCCGGUGGGAAGUUGUGCGGGAUGUUGUUUUACAACAAGUGAUCCAAACUCUGGCCGGACUUGCUUUUAUGUACUUCGAUGCCGAUGAAACCGUCGGAAGAGAACAGUACGAUGUGGCUGUGUGGGCGCAGCGAUUGCGGAUCGCCCAAAAGGCUAUACCAUCAUUGUUAGCAGUUUUUGGAGUCGACGCCGUUGGACUGGGGAAGGUUGUUUCCCGAAACGGUUACACCAUGCUGGCCGGGGCUAUAACUGGCGGAUUAUACCCCGGCGCCACCCAGUCCUUGAUUCUUGACAACGGAGCCGAGAUUGUGGCGCCCGCUUUCACGAAUUGGGAACUUACAGUUGCUAGUUUCAUCUACUGGUAUUUUGUACCAGCCCUUCAGUUCAUGCUGGCAAUUUGCAUCGUGGAUACUUGGCAGUACUUCCUCCACCGCGCCAUGCAUUUGAACCGAUGGCUCUAUGUAAACUUCCACUCCCGUCACCACCGUCUUUACGUCCCUUACGCCUUUGGUGCUCUCUAUAACCACCCGGUUGAAGGCUUCCUCUUGGACACAGCAGGCACCGGUGUCGGAUUCCUAGUUUCAGGCAUGACCACUCGCCAGGCCAUGUGGUUCUUUACUAUGUCGACGAUCAAGACUGUCGACGAUCACUGUGGUUACGCCUUCCCCUGGGAUCCAUUGCAGCACUUUACCUCGAACAACGCCGCUUACCACGACAUCCAUCACCAAAGCUGGGGUAUCAAGACGAACUUUUCUCAGCCUUUCUUCAUCUUCUGGGACCGCCUUCUUGGCACUCGGUGGACUGGCGAGGUCAAGCUGCGUUAUGAGCGAGCUCGAGAGAAUGCUCAGAAACAGGUGGAUCUGGAUGCUGCCCAGUUGCCUGAAACUACUCCAUCUGAGGUGGUCACUGGUACCGAGGAACGUGAACAUGAGCGAGUGGUGGUAUCGCCCGAGGGACCAGCGACCCGCACUCGGUUGCGCCGAAAGACUGUCGAUAGUCUCAAAGGUCCGAGUCAUGGGGUACCCGGGAGUGUUCUCCACAACUAA